AUGGAGAACCUUUACAAUGACAUGGAAGAAUAUGGGAAAAUUGCUCAACUGUAUGCAGAAAAAAAACAAAGAAAGGAAAAAAGGAAAGAAAAACUCAAUGAUGGGAUAUAUGAAGAUAUAUUAUGGAUGUAUGAAACAAAAGAAGAACAAGAAAUAAAAGAGCAAGAAGAGUUUUUAUUAGGUAAAAAAAUAGAUAUGAAGAAAUUAAUGGAAGAAGAGAAAAAAAAGCAAACUAAUAAUAACAAAAAUAACAUAGAUCAUUUAAGUAAACUAAGAGAGGAUCCAUUAACUAUCAUUAAAAAAAUGGAAAUCCAAAAAAAAAAAAUUAUAGAUGAACAAAAAAGACUAUUAGAUUUACAAAAAUAUAAAGAAAAUGAUAAAAUGAAAUAUUCAAAUAAAAUAUAUAAAAAAAGAAGACCCACGUCUUCAAUAAGUGAAAGAGAAACGAAAUACAGAAAAAUGAAAAAAAAAAGAGAAAAACACAAGGGAUACGAAACAGAAACAGACACCGAAAAAAAAAAAAAAAAUAAUAAUCCAAGUACAGAUAUAGAUAAUGAAAAUGAAACAGAUGAAGAAUAUGUAAAAAUAAAAAAAAAUAUGAAAAGGAUGGAACGUGAACAAAGAAAAGAAAGAUACAAAAGGGAUAGAAGAUAUCAUACAGAUAGGGAUUUGCAUAAAUAUGAACAAAAACAUUAUAAUAAAAUUAACGAAAAUCGUAAGGAAUAUUAUAGGCACAAAAAGGAAAGAAAUAGUAAAAGCAAUGAAAUGGAACGAUAUAAGAAGAAAUGCCGAGAAAAACAUAGGGAUAUUAGAGAUGGCACAAUACAUAAACAUCGAACAAAAAAUACAAGCAUAGGCCGAUAUUCGCAUAAAAAAAGAGAGUAUAAAAGGGAAGGAAUAAAAAAAGUAAAAGAAUAUUUAGGUAGUAAGGAUAGUAAUAGUAAAAGUGGAAGUAUUAGUAAGAGCAGGAGUAGAAGUGCCAUGUCCCAAACUAUUAGUAGUAGUGAUAGUAGAGAAGGAAAAUCUGCACGAAAGAAAUCACAUGAAAAACCUGCAAAAUAUAGGCGAUAA